AUGACCUCAUCAUCCCUAAGCCGCUUUGGCCGUCUUGCGCCUAUUGACUCGUUGCCUGUUGAAAUCAUCUCCCAUAUCUUUGUCCUCAGCGCCUCUGGAGAUCGCACUAACGAGCAGCAGUCGGGAUUCGACUCUUCAUGCAUCACCAUGCCACUUGUCUUAUCCUCUGUUAAUCACCGAUGGCGACGUGUAGCCUCAACGACACCUGCCCUAUGGACGAACUUGUGUUUGACGCCAGACUUUGUCGUCAAUAGCACAGGAGAGUUGGAUACGAAACAUUUGACCAAUUAUCUCCAACGGUCGCGCAAAUCACCGCUUCGCAUUUGCAUCGACGCUCGAGAUCCAGAGUGGGAUUUUACGGAGGAUGGAGUAACUGUUAGCCAUUCCGAGUACCAGCCCACCUUUACAUCAAAGCACAUGAGCCAAGCGCUAGCGCUUCUUCUCCCUCACCUUUCUCGAUGGCGUUCAGUCAGCGUCUUCACAGACACAUGGGCUCUUAUGCAUGCUGCUUUGUCGCAGCUAUCACCCGCCAUGCUUACUUCUGGCGCCCCUCUCCUUGAGUCAUUGACGCUUAUGCGUUGCAACGAUUUCGUCAGUUUCUCUGAAUCCUUUCAACCUGGCGAUCUCAAACAGUCCCCACUGUUUCGCGACUGUGGGUUUGGGAUAUCAGAGGAUGGGAAAGCGGUUCUACCUCGCCUACGGCAUCUCACCCUGAAAGGUGUACAUGCUGACUGGCCAUCUCUCUCCUCGAUCCUCUCCUCCACUUUGUCGCUUGGUAACGGCGGGCUCUACUCGCUAGAGCUCUCUUCACACUCUCCCGAUGUUAGACCCGACCUGCCCACCCUCCACUCCAUACUUUCGUCCUCUCCACAUCUCCGACAGCUCACCAUUACUGGUUCAGGCUUCCGCCACGCCGAAGGCCUCGUCGAUGCGUCCAUUAGCAGACAUCACGAAAGCACCAGUCGUGUCCGCCUACCUGAGCUUAGGCAACUACACCUGGGAUACAGAUCUGUCCCGGAUGGGUGCAAGUUCGUAGACAUGAUAGAUGCGCCGCAGCUAGAAUCCCUUUCGCUGCGUAACGAUUCACAUCCAGCCGAUUCAGCGAUCGUCGACGCUGGGCCAGUGCUCGAAUAUGUCGGCUCAGGGACCACGUCUCUCCCCAGCUCCCAUCCAUCUGCUCCCUUACCAUCCUCCCCAGCCGAGAACACCGUGGUUGAUGGUGAACCGCCUUUCCCGCGAAUCGAGACCAUCGUUCUCGAUAGGGUGGAAGCGUCCGAGUCCCAGUUCAGAACGUUCUUCGAUGGUUUACCAAAAGCUCGUCGCCUAGAGUUACGGGACACACCGUUGGUGGCCAUGCAAUGCCUCCUACCUUCUCGACCGCACCGAGAAGGCAUCGAGAGUCCGUGUCCCUCUCUUCAAUCACUGGCGCUAUAUACCUCCGACGCCCUCACGCCGUCAGGCGCUAGCCUCCGGCUUUGUGCUUUCCUGGGAGAACGUGCUCGCAGUGGCGCCGGCCCGCUGAAGGAUUUGUCCGUGUAUCUGGAUUCCGACUCGUCUUUCUGCGCGGAGGAAGAGAGCAUACAGACUACUGUCUGUGGGACGAAGAUACGAGUCUACGAAGCGCUGUCCGAAGACGAAGAUUGGUUGACAUGCGUCGGCGAUGAAGAAGAAAGUGCCUUCAAGCUUGGAGGUGCCUUCAACGAUCCUAUCUUUGAUUCUUAUCAUUCUGGGCAUUCGAUCGGCGUCGCGAGAUAA